AUGACAUCAAUCUGUAUGAGAAGAUCGAUUGUAGGACUGUUACAUAAAUCGAAUACUGUAACACCAAAUUCAUUAUAUAUAUUGGGUCGUGCAAGAGUCAACAAGCAUAAACUACCGGAACAUAUGCAAAAAGAUGACUUUGAUGAUGACGAUGGAAAGGUUGUAGAAUCAAAGAUUUCAAAGACUAGCAUGGACAAGAUUAAACAGAGAUUCACUAGUACUUUCAAGAGACCAGAUUUGGAUAAACAACCAGAACAAACAGAGGAAGAAAAAGAGUUAAGAUUGUUCAUACAUCAAUACGAUAAAUAUAGAAAGGAAAUUGAAAAGAGACGUGAUGAUGAAGAAAAAUAUGCUAUGCAUUAUCAAUGGGAAGCAAUUGCAGAGCUACCAGAGGAUCUAAGAAAGACUGCAAUGUUAGUUGACACACACGACGAUGCACCAGAUUGGAUUCCAUUCUGGACUUUAACACCACCAUCAGAAGAUCCAGCAUCAAAGAUGGUCAUGAAAAAGAAGGUCAAAGCAAAGAAACGUUCAGAAGAGUUGCUAACAGGAAAUCUUUUCUAA